GGCUGCAUCCAGUGCUGGAAUUGCUACUGCGACAACAGAGUAGGUAGGUAGUAGGUACUUUCCAUCAUGGAUGUAACUGUCAGAAUGAUUCAAGUGGUGGUUGAGAAGUUAUUGCUUCUUCCUACUUUUGUAUUAUGAAAUAAUGAUAACCUUCUUAAUGCUAUCUCUGAUUCCAAGUUAUAGAUUACAUCCAAUUAUGAAACGGAUAAAAUAAAGUUAGUACACGUGAGUAAGCGACUCAAUCAUAUUAUUAUAUAACUGAUUUGAUAUUGUAUUAAUGGGUGUUAGGCGGUAUACAACAGCAUUUUUCAGCUAAAAAUUUCCUUAUUUCGAUUCACAUAAUUUUAUUUGCAACAAAAAUCAUGGUUUCGGAACUGAUAGUGAGAGAAUUAGCUGUUGAAUUAUUCAAUGCCGGUGUUCUCAAAUUCGGUAAAUUUUAUUCUCCUUCUGGUUGUGAAGUGAAUGCGUGGUUUGAUUUGUUACUUGUUUAUGGAUACCCAUCAUUGAUGGAUAAAAUAUGUGAGCAUGCGAGUAAAUUUUGCGUUGAAGCAAAUUUAAAUUAUUCUGCAGUAUGCGGAGUCACCUAUGGCGGAUUACCUUUCGGCGUUCUUUUAGCUUCUAAAGUACAUAAACCAUUGAUAAUGUGGAAUAAAGAGCCUUCGCGUCAUUCAACUGAUCAGCGAAUUCAUGGCAGAAUUCUAAAAAAUGAAUAUUGUAUUUUGGUUGAAGAAGUGGUGGCCAGUGGUAGAAGUAUUUUAGGAGUCAUUAAAGAUAUUGAAAAUACUGGAAUGAAGGUUAAAGAUAUUUAUAGUAUAAUCAAUUUGGAGCAAGGAGGAGAUGAAAAUCUUGAAAAAUUGGGAUACAAACUUCACUCAUUGAUGACAAUGUCCCAGUUCCUUCAAAUAUUAUUUGAUGAAAAACUCAUAGCAGAAAAUCAAUAUGAUAGUUCUAUGAAAGGGUUUUCCGAAUUUAAAUGCUCUCCAAAUGGCGAUGUCAUAACAAAUACAUAUUUGAGCAGGAGAAAAUCAAUACAAUAUGAAAAACGAAUUGACUCGUGCAAAUCCCAAAUCAGUCAAAAAUUAUUGAAAUUAAUGUCAGCAAAAAAGAGUAAUUUAUGUGUGGAAUUUAUCAAUCCAAGUGUGGAAAUUACCUCACAAGUUGCUGAACUUAUUGGUCCAUAUAUCUGCAUGCUCAGUAUAUGUUGGAACGUAUUUGAAAAAGCUGAGGAAUUGCAGUUGAUACGACUUGUUGAAAUUUCUAGAAAACAUAACUUUCUUCUGAUGGAUGACAGUAAAUUAUCAGAAGAUGGAGACGUAUUGUUCGAGCAGUGUCGUCGACGAUUCAAAUUUGUUGAUUUAUUAACCAUCUAUCCUAUUUCCGGUGAAAAUACGUUGCUUUUGAUCAAAUCUCUUAUCAAAGAUCGAUUUCCAGAAAAAGGAGUAUUCGUUGUCGCAUCUCCCAGCAUCGUCGAUGCACUAGCAGGAUCGAAUUUCGAAAAAAGUUCCAUUGAUAUCACUUUGAAACUUUUUGAAGAAGUUACUGGUUUUGUCAGCAGUAAAAAUUCUACAAUUCCUCUGAAUUAUAUCCAUAUGGCGUCAGAUUUAAAGAACUCCAGCAAUGUUGCGCAAUCGUCAAAUGACUCUUUUUAUUCAUCUGAAAUUAUUGUUCAAGAUAUAAGCGCUGAUAUAAUUAAAUUGCGUUACAAUAGCUCAGAAAAUAUUGCUGAGCUGGUAAAAAAUGAACAAUUAUUGUUGUGGAAUGCGUAUUUAAAGCGUUUUAGUGAUACAUAGUUCACUCUAGUUCCCUCAACCCAUUGUCCAAUGUGAUGAAUGAUGAUAUACUUAGGUGCCUGGUUAAAUUUACUGGCAAUAUGCCAUUAACUUACCUAUGUAAAUAUGAUGAUAAUUAGAUAUUCAUGUAUUUAAUACAUUUCUUUAUUACCAA